ACGGUGGUAGCUCCCCCCGCCGGCCCCGCCCCGCAGCCCCCCAUCCAGCCCGGCGCCACCCCCCCCGAGCCGGGUCGCCCGCGCUUCCUGUGCUUCAACAUGAUUGGCAGUGUGGCCAGCAGGCCGGUGGAGGACCACCACGCGGUGGAGGUGUUGUUCCACGACUCCUCCCGCUUCACCUCCCGCGUGCCCCUGCUCACGGACUACUACGGGUUCGACAAGGCCAGCCUGGGUGAGAAGGGUGUGGUGUACUCGAGCCCCCCCAGCAAGUCCGCCUCCCCUCCCUCCCCCUCUGACGGCGGUGAGGGCGGCGGCGAGGGCUCCGACGCCAUCCCCUGCAUGGUAAUGUUCCGCCCCUUCGACUCCUGGGCCCCCAACAGCGACUGGAG